AUGGAAGAGGGAAAGAGCACUGGUCGUGGCGCAACCGAUGAGGAAGACUGUCACUCUCAGGUUGGGAGUGUUGUGUCUGCAGAAGAACUGUCACUGGACUCUGCCGUCAGAGAUGCGCUGAUGACAAGAGCCAAAUCAGAAGACGCUAGUCAGACCAGUUUGGCAGCCACACAACGUCUCAAUAAUGCCAAAGAAGAUCUCCUCCAUAAUCAAGAAACGCCAAACACUGACGAUAACAUCGAGACCCUCAUGCAGUUGGCAGUGGAAAUCAAUGAAGCUGCCAAACUGGAGAAGUUUGCCAAUACAGCUAACAACGCCAAUACAAACGAUUAUGACGUUCCUUCCAACGCACAAACAGAAGCUCUUGUGCGCGAACAACAACAGCAACAACCAGAUAGUGCACCGGUAGAGGUCCUCACGGAAACAAGUGAAUCAAGAGAAGAAGAAAUAAUGAAAAUUGUGGCUGGCCGGGCCACUUCGGCAGUCGUGGAACGUCUCAAUGCCAAAGAAGACCUCCAUAAUAAAGAAAUCAAUGAAGCCGCCAAAAUGGGGGAAAAUGAAGAAAAUGCGGCUAAUGCCAACACAAAUGAUGAUGUUCCAUCCGAUGCGCAAAAAGACGCUCUCGUGAGGGAACAACAAGAUACUGUGCCAGGAAACACGGAAGAGCCCCCCACAGCAGUAGAUGCUGUCCCGCAAGCUGGCUUGUGGCGAACAACCCAGAUGCAGCCACAAUCACAGCCAGGUGCGUUCCUGGGUGCACCAGGACAACGGAUGCAACGGAACCCCAAUUUAAACUAUGGCCUUCUUGGUGCUAAUUCUGGCCCUGGUCCUGGCCCACAAGAUUCAAGUGGUGAUACUGUAGCACGGAUGACAUCGACAAGAAAUGAAGGGUUGGUACAUGCUAAUGCUGUAGAAGAUGAUACAGCUGAUUUGAUGCAUGCCAAUCCGGUUGAUCUGGAAACCGCCCAGCAACGUGCACUCCAGAGAAAGCAGCAACAGAACUGUUUCUUUGCAGCAUUUCUUUGGCUGUUACUGGUUGCUGCCAUUGUUGUGGGAUUUGUGGUGGGGACCCAAAAGAACAAGUAUCCGGAUGUGGUUGUCCUCAAGUCAACUGAGGCUCCAACAGUUUAUGGAUCCAUGGAACCAUCAGAAGUUCCAUCCUCGGCCCCCACUGGAGCUCUGGACAUACUGUUGGAUAGCCUUCCAGACUACACUUUGGCAGGCAUCAACAAUGGCAGUGAGACCCCGCAGUGGAGAGCAUGGAACUGGCUAGCCAACCACCAAAACAUCACACACUUGCCAGAAUGGAGAAAGACACAGCUGUUUGCCCUAGCUACUUUUUUCUAUGCUUUUCAGGGAGAAAGUUGGCAUCCUUUGAUAAAGGCUCGCGGAUGGAUGGAUGACACAGUGGAAGAGUGUAACUGGUUCUCCAGUGGGUUUGGAUGGUUUGACAACGAUUUAGGGAUAUUCUACGAUUUCAAAGAGCUGGGUGUCGGGUAUACACUUCCCUGCAACAUCCAAGGACAAUUUACACGUCUGUAUCUGCAGGGAUUGGACCUCUCUGGUCAUAUCUCAUCUUUGCCACCUGAGAUUGCGCUCCUGACUUCCUUGGAUGUUCUGUUUUUUUCAGACAUCUUUAGCAGGAAUAUCAUUGCCGGACCAAUUUCAUCUCUGUUACCAACAGAACUGUACCACAUGACUUCAUUGACAGCUUUGCAAUUGCAGAGGGUUCAGUUAACAGGCCAAAUUCCCUCUGAAAUUGCACUACUGACUGCAUUGCUCGGACUAGUCUUGCCAAGCAAUCGAUUGACUGGUCAUGUUCCUUCUGAGCUUGGGCUCCUGACCUCACUGAAACAACUUGUCCUGGAUCGAAAUCAGUUGACGGGGCAAUUUCCUUCCGAGUUGGGGCUCCUGACCUCAUUGCAGCGGCUACGUCUUGAUACUAAUCAGUUCACUGGUCUGAUUCCUUCAGAGCUUUUUCUCCUGACCUCCAUGAGCAGUUUUGAUAUUCGUACUAAUCGGUUGACUGGUCCAGUUCCUUCUGCACUUGGACAGUUGACUGAUUUGGCAUGGUUAGUGAUGGGGGGAAAUCGGCUCACUGGUCAAGUCCCUUCCGAGUUUGGCCUUUUGAUGGCUUCCUCCCGGCUGGAGUUGCAUGAUAAUCGCUUGACCGGUCCAGUUCCUUCUGAGCUAGGAAAGUUGACUGCUUUGAAAUGGUUAUAUUUGAAUCAAAAUCAGCUCACUGGUCCAGUUCCUUCUGAGCUAGGAAAGUUGACUGCUUUGAAAUGGUUAAAUUUGAAUCGAAAUCAGCUCACUGGUCAAGUCCCUUCAGAGGUUGGGGAGUUUACUGCCUUAACUAAGCUGCGGUUGAAUGGCAACCAGUUCACUGGCUCAGUUCCCACGGAGCGUUUUCUCUUGACGUCGUUGCAAGAGCUUUACCUCUCCGACAAUCAGUUCACUGGAACAAUCCAGACUGAAAUUGGUGUGAUGACAUCUUUGACAUCUUUGCGUCUUCAUACCAAUAACCUGACAGGAACACUGCCCAGCCAACUGAAUGCAUCAAUGGGAUUGAAACUGUAUGGAAAUCAGUUAUCGGGAACUGUGCCGGAGCAUCUUUGUUCUUUUCUAUUGUGUGAUUGUUCCCUAAAUGAAACUCCUCUUGUUGCCACCUGUGCCGACCUCAAAGCUCCACCUGCUUGGCCUGGACGGUUUCCAACCACAGGUCUUGCUGUCAUGCUGAACAUCCAUACUGACGGAUAUCCAGAAGAAGCAUCAUGGGUUUGGCAGAAGGCAACCAACGUGACUGGUAUCUGGGACACAAUGGAAUCAGUGGGUCCACUGGAGUUUAAAGAUUAUCUUUACUCCUCUCUCUUCCCUGUGAACAUUGACACAGCCUACAGACUGGUUGUAUCUGACAGUUGGAGUGAUGGUUUCAAGAUUCCUGGAUGGAUCACUCUGAUGGCAGAAACGGAAAAUGUGUUAUACUCCUAUGUCAGUAUUGAAGAACCCGGCACAGUUACCAGGGAGAGUAAUUUCACUGAAAUCAUCAUUGACGUUUUAGUUGGAACAGAUGGAUCUUUUGAUAUUGCCAAGUCUGUGAUUCUAUGCUACAGAUUUUGUUAA